AUAUUUUCUUCUGACGAACAACAGAUAUUGAGAAAAUAUCGAGAAGAAAAUUUUGCACCCAAAAGACUUGUCUACAAUGAAAGAAGAGCCAUUGGGAAGUGCCCAUUGACCCCGGAAGAGGUGGGCCUUAUUCUGCGUUCAAUGGGUUUUGACAAUGCUACCAAGAUAUAUUUAGCAGCUGGUGAACUAUUUGGUGGGGAACGGUUUAUGAAGCCAUUUCGAAGUCUGUUUCCACACCUUGAAAAUCAUAGUUCCGUAGAACCUUCUGAUGAACUUGCUGAGAACACUAGAGGCUUGGCAGGGUCUGCUGUGGAUUACAUGGUCUGUCUUCAUUCUGACAUUUUUAUGCCAACAUAUGAUGGCCCUAGCAACUUUGCCAACAACCUCCUUGGACAUCGCCUCUAUGAGGGCUUCCGGACCACGAUCAGACCCGACAGAAAAGCUCUUGCUCCUAUUUUCGUUGAUAGAGAGAAUGGGAAGACUGCUGGCUUUGAGGAAGCUAUCAAGAGAGUCAUGCUUGCAACAAACUUUGGCGGACCUCACAAGCGCAUCACACCAGAGUCUUUCUAUACAAAUUCUUGGCCAGAAUGCUUCUGCAAAUUAUCUCCUGAUAACCCUGCUGACCGAUGUCCAUCAAAUGAUAGUUAAUUAUUUAGAACGAUCAGAUGCAGAACGAAGCAUUUAAUUACUAAAAUGCGGCAAUGUCUUCAGCAGAAAGAUGAGAGUUGCUUCUCUACUUGAGCUAAUGUUUAUAUUAUUCCCAGUGAUGAGCUGCUUUGCGCCAAGUUGAAAAGUAAUGGAUUCUUGUGAUCAGAUCCAGAAUGUCAGGUUGUCUUCUCUUUCUUUUUUAGUCUCAGAAAUUACACAUUAAUGCGAGAGAUGCUGAUUUGUUUAUUGGUCUGAGUUUCACUUGGAACAUGAAAGGAAGAUCAGAAGACACUAGUUCCUCGUGCGUUAAAAUGCUAUCAGUGUCGCCGUUGGUACUUAUUGUACUGCUAAUUUAUUAGCCAAACUUUCUCAUGAAGUUUUGGAUAAUUUUUGUA